AAAGCAAUUCGACGCAGUUCAGAAAUAAGGCGAAAACGUGAUUUUAAUGUUCCAAACGCUUAUAAAUAAAAGGACAAAUAAAAACAGUGUUAACGUCAGUGCAAAUACUUAAUGAAAAAAAGCGAUUCAACAGCUCGAGAACUCGAUUAGACCGAGAGCAGGAGUGCGUAACAUACGCAACAAAGCCGCGCAGUGAGCGCAACAACAACCGGGACACCUUCCUUCUUCUUCCACAGCGAUCUCCAUUUUAACUCCUCGCCCAGCCUGCACCUCACGUGUCCUGGACUGUCUUUCUCACAUGACCCGUGUGUUUGUCCCCGUGAUCAGAGCUUCCAUCUCCCGUAUUUCAAGUGUCGCUGAAUAUCGCAUUUUUAAAACCGCUCGCCUUCAUGGAUAUGCUCGAUCAGAGCUUGGACACCUCGACGAGUCACGAGAAACAGGAAACUGAGGAGGUUGUUCAGCUGCAGGAGGGAGAGGGGGUGGGAGCGGAGGAGCAGGCAGCCGUUACAAUAGCGAGCGUCCAGCAAGCGGCAGCCUUUGCAGACCACAAUGUUCAGUAUCAGUUCCGGACAGAGAACACUGGUGGACAGGUGACAUAUCGUGUGGUCCAGGUAACAGAGGACCAUUUGGAAGGAGAUGGAGGAGCAGCAGUCAGUGUAGUGUCCACAGCCUUUGCAGGCGCACAGCAAGCAGUAGCACAGGCUGUCAUCCAGAACCCUUUUAGUAAUGGAGGCAGUCCAGCGGGUGAAACGGUGGGGGGAGAGACACGCUUUGCCUACUUCCCAGCAGCAACUGUCACUGACGGUACAGCUACAGCUGUCUCAGUGCAGGCCACGUCUGAUCCGACCCUCACACAGGCUGGAGGUCAGUUUUACGUGAUGAUGAGUCCACCAGAUGUUUUACAGACUGGAACACCACGGACCAUUGCCCCUCGUACACACACUUACUCUACAGACCUUGGUGAACGUGAGAGUCUUCAACACAGCAGAUCAGAAUGGAAAAUUGAUGGACCCCGGGCACCUCGUGACGAGAGAAGGAGAGCACAGCACAAUGAAGUGGAAAGGAGAAGAAGAGACAAAAUCAACAACUGGAUUGUCACACUGUCUAAAAUCAUCCCAGACUGCAAUAUGGACAAUACCAAAACAGGAGCAAGUAAAGGAGGCAUCCUGUCUAAAGCAUGCGACUACAUUAGAGAACUCCGACAGACUAACCAGAGGCUGCAGGAGAGCUACAAGGAGGUGGAGAGAAUACAAGUGGACAAUGAGCUACUAAGACAACAGAUUGAAGACCUGAAAAAUGACAAUGCACUGCUCAGAGCUCAACUACAACAACAUGGCCUGGAAAUCAGUGAGACUACAUCACAGUGACAAAAACAAAACAACAACAAAAAAAAACAUUCUCACGAAUAAAAAAAAAAAAAGUGAUAGUGACAUGGAGAAAUAAUCCCUCAAUGACUUGCUUGUACACGCAUCUUCACAGAGUUAAGAUGUUCUGCACCUCAAGUAGGGUAUGAAUGCUUAUGUGAUGCACAGACACACAUCCUUCUGAUAAGAGACUGUGACCAUUUUGAAAUUAACAUCUGCUGUACAAGCACAUUUUGUUUUCUCUGUCACUUCCGUGAGAAUUCAACCACUUGGACUCGACUGAUAUGGAAUAACCCUCAUCUUCCAGAAGUAUUCUGCUUGCCACAGGUUUAUGUCUUUAGUUUCAAUCUUGGAUUUGUGAACCAAUUAUUUGCCUGCUAAUGCCUAAUGCUCAUCUUUUGUUCUGUUUGAAACAUUUUGUGGAUUUUAUUUUUGCUACAUAGUGCAAAUUUUACUACUGUCUCUUAACACGACAGAAGGUCUUUUUUCGAGGGUUCUUCGGUAUUGUAUUUAUUAGCUUUCAAGAAAUUGCGUAGCAGCAGGUAUACAAAACCUUUGCAUUUGGCUGAUGUUUUGAAUUCGAUUUCGUUUUUCUGUCUUGUAGUCUUUCCAUAUAUCAGACUUUGUGAAAUACAUUCAUCAGGCUGAUCAAAGACUUGAUAUCGUGGCACAUCAAGACUAAUUUACAAGUUUGCUUAGAAUGUAAAUGAAAGUGCAUAGAGUAUGUUUUUAUUUAAAAUGGAGACUUGUGAUAUCUAAAACUGCAUUACCUAUAAAUCUCAGUUAUCAGAGUACAUUAUAUUUAAUGCACUGUAAUUUUAGUGAAGGAUGAACGAGUAGCUCAGGGUUUUGAGGUGCAGGAAAAUAGCCUAGGCUCUCCCCACUAACCUUGUAAUCCUGCACUUUUUCCCCUUUGGCUUUAAUAUACUAGAUUCAAACAUGUACUCUCUCGCUCUCUCUCUCUCUCUCUCUCUCUCUCUCUCUCUCUCUCUAUAUAUAUAUAUAUAUAUAUAUAUAUAUAUAUAUAUAUCAUGUAUUUCAACCAGUUGUUCUUAAGUCAUUAAUUGAUUCAAAGAAAUGUACUUCAUAAGCCCUAAUUCCCAGGCUUGUUUAUCUACGGCAAAUAAAAUGGAAGAUGCACAAUAGAAACAGAUAGAAUUGCUACUGCUAAUAGUGUUCUGGCUUAUUUUAUUGUAGCUUAUCUUCCAUCUUAUUUUGUAACAUUCCUAAUUUAGGUCGUUGAUUUAGACAUUGAUCAACAACACCAUUUUGAUCAAUAAAAUUGGAUUUGAGCUUUAAAAUUUAUCAACCUCCAUUUAAUUAUAAGAGUGUGAACAUUAAUAACUGAUGGCAAUGAGAGUUACUGUUAAUGAGCUAUGCAUAAGGAAAUCAAACGUACUUUUAAAGUGAACCGAUUUAUUUUCUUUAACCUUCUUAAUAGUGUUAGUGUUUACCAGUUAAUCUAGGUUUUAAGGCCAGAAGACCUAAGUCUUGGAAUGAAAAGGGCUUAGGUCUACUGGCUUAAGUCUCCUAAGACUUGGAUUUGCGUGAUAUAGGACCUUUAAGGCCAUCUCUCACAGCCUUGUUUUCAUUCAUGUUUAAUUCAAUAUGUCGUCCAACCUGAAGGUCUAUUCAGGUCUGGGUUUUUCCCUUCCUAGUCAGGCUUAUUGCAGAGUUUGAAUAAUAUAAUGCUAGAUUACAAAAAUAAUACUUUAGACUGUUUACUGCAACCAAUCACGAGGUGGUGGUGGUGGUAUCCUCAAGUUAAAUCACAAACAACCUGUGAUCAUAGCAUACCAAGGCCUGGUAUCACUGACGGGGCUUAGCUGAAACCAGGACUAGCACUUUCAUUAAAUUAUGGUAUUUAAGCAACUUUUAUAAAAAUGCCUUUGAAGAAAACAUUACCGGUCUGUAUCUUGUGACAGAACAAUGGCACUGACAUAUUUUAAGAUAUGCCAGAGCAAGAUAUUUUCAGUUGAGACAGCUCAAACAUUCAUUUUAGUCUUGGACUAGCCUUAAGACUUGUCUGUGAAACCGGAGGAAAGUGUUGAACCAGUGAAACAUCAAAAUAUAUUUCACAUAGCAAUACAGAGAGGGCACAGAUGACCUUUAAGCACUCUCUCUGUCCUCUUCACAGUAUUAAUGCUGUACUUGAAUGACUGUUGAGUCCAGAACCAUAGUCUAAUGCACUGCUACUUUUAAAUUAAAGCUUAGAAAGAAUAUUUUUAUUAAUGUAUGUCUGAUUGAAUUGAGGAACACUUAGCAUGACAUUCUUACCACUGGUUUGAUAUCUAUAAGCUAUACAACAACAACAACAACAACGUUGCGUUUGUCGUGCCUAAUGACUGUUGAUGUUUAUGUAUGUACUUAUAUAAAAGAGAAACCCAGAGUUACAAUAUGUAGUUAUUUUUCUUUGAAAGAAACAAAAAUUCUAAAAUAAAUGUGAAAAAAGCUGUCAA